AUGCGUUUCUCCAUCGUCUUCACCACCCUCUCGGCCAUCGCCCUGGCCAACGCCCAGAGCAGUGUCACCACCGAGACUGUUGACUACCUGACCCAGACAAACUCUCUCGGCGUCGUGACCGGCCAACCUAGUGUUGUCACUUCCCAACCCAGUGUUAUCACCAGCCAGGCCGCUGCCGAGACCUCACAGGAGGCCGCCGCCUCCAUCCCUGCCGGUCUGACCUCGCCCGUCGCCGGCCCCGGAGCCACUCAAACCACUGUCACCACCGGCACUGGUACUGGCACCACUACCUUCGUCACAGAGUCCAAGGCCACUGUUACCUCCACUGGCACUUCCUCGGACGCCGCGGCGGAUUCUUCCAGCUCUUCCAGCUUGUCUGCUAAAGCUUCCAGCGCAGAUUCCAAUGCUUCCAGCGCUGAUGCUAGUGCCUCCAGCGCUGGUGCCAGUGCUACUAGCGCGGAGGCUAACGCUUCCAGCGCCAGUGCCAAUGCUUCCAGCGCCAGUGCUAGUGCUUCCAGUGCAAGUGCUAGCGCUACUGCUUCCUCUACCGGUGCUGCUGCUAUUGCCACCGCCGGCCCUGUCGGUCUCAUGGUUGCCGGUGCUGCCCUCGUUGCUUUCUUGUAA